AUGUGCCUAUCCCCGACCUUGAGAACGUUCAGGCUCGCUACUUCCGACGCGGACGAUCAUCCUUCGGGGAUGCGCAAAAUACUCGUCCCAUGCAUUGCAAGUGAUUGGCGGCAGAGAAUAUGCGGAAGAGGGAGUUCCCGCAACCUGUUCUCGGAGUGCUUUCCUGGAGGAAAUUCGCCGGGAAGUACGUCCACGCAUGCACCACUAUUCCUGCCGGCUAUCAGCAUUGUCCACAAGGACCGAUGCUCCCCGGAGGAGAACGUGCAUUACUCCGAGACGUUCUCGUCGACCUCCAGCAUCAACAUUCAUCAAUACAUCGUGAAAACUCUAGAAGUCACCUGCAUCUUUACAUCCAGAGCCGCGCUUCAGGUUCGAUUUCCAUACCUACAUCUGCUCCUCCAUUUCGUCUGGCUUUAUGUGCGGAUUUCUCGUUCAAUGCCGCGGCGAUUCUACGCAUUCGCGAAUGUGAACCCGAGCUUACGGUGGGGAAUGGAGCCUCGACCUGCACAUUUAAUCGCGGCUAAGACUCGCGCUCCUCGCCACCGCGGCCCGAUCAUUGUCCGACGUCGCAAUUCGACUAGUCCGUCAUGCCUCGAACAUGUAACUUUUCGAUGA